AAAUUGUACAAACAAACUGGACACAUUGAGGAGAUUGAAAAGCUUUACGAAGAUAUUAAAAGAUACGGUAUAGAUCCUCAAUCUCCAAACAUUAAUCCCGAAGAGCAAUACGCUAUUAAAAAGCGACAGCGUAAAAUAUGGAAAAGCCGUAAUUUAAUACGGGAAGCAGCAUUGCGAAGAUUAUAUUCCAAACUUCAAACAAGUGAAAGUUUAGAACCAUAUCAAAUAUGGAAAAAAAAAUAUAUUCAAGAAAAUUAUGAAGAUUUACAACGAUAUAAAAAAUCUGGAAU